AUGGAUCUGGAAAAACAUACCAAGGAAACGCCCCAUCUUCAGGAGCAAAUUCAACAUUUGGAAAGUUACAUAGAAGUGUUAAAAUUUGAAAGCGAAAAACACGAAUGUGCCAGUCCAGUUGAAGGAAGUUCAGAAGACAGAAGAGUGACUCAAUUGGAAAGAACGGUUUUUAUACUGAAAAGAGUAGUGGAAAAAUUGCAAGUGGAAAACAAGAGAUUGGUCAGUGGAAAAACACCAAUUUCGCAACGCGCGUCAUCAGCUGACAAACUUAAGCGAGAUUAUGCCAGACUGAAAGAGCAACACGCCGAAAGUUUGCAAAAGAUCCAGGAUUUACAAACUCAAAUUAAUAAGAAGCGAGUUGAAGCUAAAACAGGCAUGAUGAGUCAGCGAGACCAAUCUGAACAGUUCAGAAUUCAAUUGGAACAGGUUAAAAAUGAACUGGAGAAAAAAUCGCAUUUGUUGGAUAAAGUAAAAGCUCUGUUGCACGGUGCUGCUGCCAAAGAAAAGCUCUUGUUGAAAGAGUUUAGGUGUACAUUAGAUUUGCAAAAGAAGUACGGAAAGAGUAGGGUCUUUAACACUCCACUCUGCGAACAGGGAAUUGCAGGAUUUGGUAUAGGAGCAGCUGCUGCCGGAUCCACAGCCAUCGCCGAAAUUCAGUUCGCCGAUUAUAUUUUCCCAGCCUUUGAUCAAUUAGUGAACGAAGCAGCCAAGUACAGAUACAGAAGUGGGGAUCAAUUCGAUUGUGGAAAAUUAACAAUAAGAGCCCCAUGUGGAGCUGUGGGCCACGGAGGACUUUACCACUCUCAAAGUCCAGAAGCUUAUUUUGCUCACACACCAGGUUUAAAGGUAGUAAUUCCCAGGGGUCCAAUCAAAGCCAAAGGUUUGCUGUUAAGCUGUAUUAGAGAUCCAGAUCCUUGCUUGGUAUUUGAACCCAAAGCACUGUACAGAGCGGCUGUUGAAGAAGUUCCUGUUGCGGAUUAUCAAUUGCCAUUAGGAAAAGCAGAUAUUCUCAAGGAAGGAAAAGAUAUUACUAUGAUAGGUUGGGGUACACAGGUGCACGUUUUGACGGAAACAGCCGAAAUACUAGAAAAAGAAUAUAAAAUUUCUUGCGAGGUCAUAGAUUUGGUAUCGAUUUUGCCUUGGGAUCAAGAUACUGUUUGCAGGUCUGUAUGUAAAACUGGAAGGGUGCUAGUAGCACACGAGGCACCUCUAACAUCCGGUUUUGGAGCUGAAAUUGCUGCAACAAUUCAGGAUCAUUGUUUCUUAAAUUUGGAAGCACCUGUGGCUAGAGUGACAGGACCUGAUACGCCAUUCCCUCACGUUUUUGAACCUUUUUAUCUUCCCACAAAAUGGAGAUGCAUAGAGACUGCUCUAAAGUUGAUGGAUUAUUAAAAUAAUACAGAGUGUAAAUGAAUAAGUGCGAAAAAAAACUCUACAAGUUAUUUACAAAGUAAGAAUUUAGAAUAAAUUUCCUCUAAUAGUACACUCUAUGCCAGGUGAAUGUAUUUAUAUAAAUUAAGAUUAAAAUAUAUUUGCCUAGCAUCUCAGAUGAAAUGUAUAAUUGACUUUUUAUGGAAAACCAACAUAUUUUACAAGAAGUAAACACCAAAUUAUUUUGUACUUAAGUCAUUUAUACCCUCUACAGCAUUGUCAUACCAUCAUGUUUAAAUUAAUUUGUAUUUGCCAUAUUUUUUAAUAAAAGAAUUAUUAAUAUGA